GGGUAGGAGGAGGAGGAGGAGGAGGAGGGGAUUCCAUUUAGUCCUCACGUCUGCGUGCCAUAAGGCACAGUUGCACUCCAGCCUUUGAAAUCCACGCCAAAUAGUCCUCGACUUCAUCGCUUCUCGAUGGCAACAGUCACACUACAAGGCGGACGCUAUGGCAGUUUCACAGCUUCGGCCAUCUCUCCCUCGACGCUAUGGGUCUCUUUUCGAAGUCGUUCAGUCCUGAAACCGACCUCCCUGACUUGAAGGGCAAGGUCAUCAUUGUCACUGGAGGAAAUUCCGGCGUAGGAUGCGCUGCCAUCCGGCAUCUCGCGCGAAAGGGCGCGAAGGUCUACAUGGCCGCACGAAGCGAGGAGAAGGCGAAGGCAGCGAUCGAGAAGGUGCAGAAGGCCGGCCUCGAGCCGGGCAACGGCGAGGUCGUCUGGCUACCGUUGGACUACAGCGACCCGAGGGAUGCGAAGAAGGCGGCUGAGGUGUUCAUGGAGAAGGAGCAGCGCUUGGACAUUGUUGUCAACUCUGCUGCAUUACUCUUGACUCCGUUCACGAAGACGUAUGAUGGCAUCCAAGAAAUUGCAGUGGUCAAUUACUUCAGCCCAUUUGUGUUCAUUCGAACACUACUCCCUCUGCUCAAGCGCACUGCCCAAGAACCAAAGAGCGACGUCCGAAUAGUAAUGCUCACGUCAGAAGGUCACCGUAUGCCUCCGAAGGACUGCCACUUCCGCAGUAUCGAAGACUUCAACCGUGAGUUCAAGGACGAAUCAUUCGCUUCGAAUAGGCGAUACAACUUGAGCAAGUACAUGGGCGUCCUACAUGUGAAGGAACUACAGAGACGUCUGGAUGCCGAAGAGGUUCCCAUCAUCGUCACGGCCGUUCACCCUGGGAUCGUAAACACAGGUGACACUAGUUUAUACCUCGGCCUCUCAGAGAAGUGUAGCUUACAUGACUCAGAUGGCGUUCAGAACUUCGCUCACUCCGCGGGGACCUUCAAGGCUCCUGUGUACGCCUUCAUCGCCAACGCAUUCUUCACCAGCCCCGAGAAGGGCGCCUACAGCACCGUUUUCGCGGCAGCUGCUCCAGCUCUACGCGAGGAUGUGAAGUACAAGGGCGGAUACAUCGUGCCUCCAGGGAAGCUAGGCUCCGUGUAUUCGCCAACGGAGGACCCCGAGCUCGGGAAGGAGCUAUGGGAGACGACAGAGAAGAUCCUCGCAGACAUCGAAGUUUAGGUAUCGAGCACUCCUUCUCAAGACAACAUGUCUUUGUGUAUUAUCUCCCUUCUCGCUCUCUCUGGAUGUAUCUGUUGGUGGGCUCUGGAU